ACCAGCGCUGCCACUCGUCUUUUCUCUCACUCAGAUGUUUUUCAGUCCUGGAGGUGGAAUUGACUCAUUUUCAUUCUCUUUAUUUCAGCGACUGACUGAUUCUCUCUCUGUGCCGAAGCUUCUUUCUGUUCUCACUGUUCAGAACUCAAACCUUGGACACUUUUGGUACCAUGGACAGCACCUUGGACAGUCUGGAUGCUGCAGGAUUUUUACAGAUCUGGCAGUGUGUGGAUGUGGUUGAUAAUGGUUACAUCGAAGGGGAACAGCUGAACGUCUUCUUUGGACACGUGCUGGAAAAACUCUGCAUGAAGAAAGAGAAGAUCACAGAGGAGAACAUCAGACGACUGAGAAGAAAGUUCUGUGGCGCCUCCGCGGACCAACGUCUGCAGAUCCAAGAGCUUGCCGCCAUGAUGCUUCCUGAUGACGAGAACUUCCUGCUUCUGUUCCGCAGAGAGACACCGCUGGACAACAGUGUGGAGUUCAUGAGGAUUUGGAGAAAAUAUGACACGGACAGCAGCGGCUACAUCUCCGCCGUCGAGCUCAAGGGCUUCCUUCAGGAUUUGUUCCUACAGCACAAGAAGUCCAUCACUCCAGAAAAACUGGACGAGUACACAUACACCAUGAUGAAGAUGUUUGACAAAAACAGAGAUGGCAGAUUGGAUCUAAACGAUUUGGCCAGAAUCCUGGCUAUGAAAGAGAAUUUCUUACUGAAGUUUAAGAUGGAUGCGUGCAGUCAAGAGGACAGAAGGAGAGACUUCGAAAAGAUAUUUGCUCAUUAUGAUGUGAGUAAGACGGGUGCACUGGAGGGUCCUGAGGUGGACGGAUUUGUCAAAGACAUGAUGGAGCUGGUGAAGCCCAGCAUCAGCGGAACAGACCUGGACAGUUUCGGAAAGUCCUUGCUGGGUCACUGCGACAUCAACGGAGACGGAAAAAUCCAGAAGAACGAGCUGGCGCUUUGCCUCGCCUCAAAAGUUGGCUAACGAUGCUUGGCACGUUAACGCCAUCACCAUCUACCUUCCCUUUAUUCUCUUUUCCAUUCUGCUCUCACUUCCUACUUUUUACUGAAAUGUUUUUCUCUGAAUCUUUAUUUUGUGAUUUAUGUAUUUAUGUAAUUUAUUUGAGCUGUUUGUUUUCACUCUGAACCUCAUGAUAACCACCUCAGUCUGUUUCUGCAUUUAUGGAAGUUCACUUCAGUGCAGUAAAUCAUGGAUUUUUGGCUUUUAAAGUCCGGUUGAGCUCUCUGAACAAGCAUCACAUUGAAAUACAUCUUUUAAUGCAGUGUUAAAGUGGCGCCGUUCGUUAUUGGGUGUAAACAGUACGUGGA